UUCAAAUACAAGUACAAAUAAUUUUGCUGCCUCAACAAAUAUUGAUGUCAAUACAAAUACUGGGCUCUCUGUAUAUCCCUAGUGUUUAUAGGUCUUCAUUUAUAGUGUUUUUUUAGCAAAGUAGUAGUCACAUCUGGAGGCUGAUGUUCUUCUCAAACAAACAUUUUUUGAGUUUGGUCUUUAUAAAAUGUAUUAAUAUGUAGUUCAGUAAAUGCAUUAUUCAUUUCUCCUUUAUCCUCAAUUGCAGUACAGUCAGGGAUAGUCUAUAGCCAUUGGCUGCGCUCACAAAGGUCAGCUCAGCUCAGGUUCAAAGUUGAACAAGUUAAAUCUUUCAUGAAGUGAAAUGCAAAGCACUCAAUAACAGGAAUAUUGAGCUGAAACGUGCUGACGAGAAGAAAAACAUUUGGAGGACGUUAACUUAUUCACCAAUAAGACGUGAAAUGAGUUCUUCAGAAGAGGUGAAACAGUCAGACACAGACAGGAGUAGACCUCAUCAGUGUCAACAGUGUGGGAUAUCUUUCAGUCGGAUUUGUAGUCUAAGACGACAUGAAAUCACUCACACCGAAGAGAAAUUGUACCACUGUGAACAAUGUGACAUCAGCUUCAGCCAAUUACAUGAAUACAAGCUACACCUACAUACCCACACUGAAGAAAUACCAUACUGCUGCGACCAAUGUGGGAAGGAAUUUAGUGACCAGACUUCAUACAGAAAACACCAGCGUGAGCACACUGGACCAUACCAGUGUGAACAAUGUCCAAAGACUUUUAUUUAUUUCAGUAUUUACAAGAUACACAUGCGUGUGCACACUAAAGAAAAACCAUACUGCUGUGACUUGUGCCCAAAGAGUUUUAGUUUUCUAAGUUCAUACAAGCGACACCAGCUUAGCCACAGUGGUGAGAAGCCGUACCAGUGUGACUUCUGUGGAAAGAGUUUCACUCAGUCAGGGCAUUUCAGUCUGCAUCUGCGUAACCACACUGGAGAGAAACCAUACGAGUGUGACCAAUGUGAUAAGAGUUUCAGUGAUUUGAGUGGUUACCGUAUACACUUGCGUGUGCACACAGGAGAGAAACCCUACUGCUGUGAUCAGUGUGGGAGGAGUUUCUCUCAGUUGGGGAAUUACAAAUCACAUCUGCGUAUCCACACCGGAGAAAAGCCAUACCGCUGUGAGAUCUGUGGGAACUGUUUCUCUAUCUCUAAAACCUACAAACAACACAUUCGCACUCACACCGGAGAGAAACCGUACCAGUGUAAAGAAUGUGGUAAAGGCUUUGGUCGAUUAAGUAACUACAUCCGCCAUCUCCGUAUCCACACUGGAGAGCAACCAUACAAGUGUGACGAGUGUGGGAAAUGUUUCAAUCAUGCGCACAGUUACAGCCGACACCUGCGUGUCCACACCGGAGAGAAACCAUAUUGGUGUUCACAUUGUAAGAAACUGUUUACUCGAUCGCAGUCCUUGAAGAAACACCGCUGCGUUGAAACAGUUGAAGAGAGUUCGACUGUGUUCAGCGAAGAAGCACAAGAGAGCUGCUCACCAACAGAACCAACAACAAAAUAAACUACAGUGUGUAUGUUCAUAGCAAACAUGUCACCCAGUGCAGCGGUGUGGCUCACUGACA